GUUGGUUUAUUUAUUCAAAAUAUCCUUGCUGUGAUCCUUGCUUGUGAAAAUGAAUGCUAUAAAUGCAAUUGUGCAUUUAGCCAAUAAUGCCGACCCAGCGCGACGUAGAAAGCUCUACCGCCAACGAAGCAACCCAUUCGAUUUGCGGGACCUAAAUUUUAAAAUAAAAUAUAGGUUCAAUAAGGACACAGUGCGCACCAUCAUAGAUUUGGUGGAAGAUGAUCUGGUUCAGAGCGCUAGAGGUGGUGGCACGUGUCCUGAACUGCAAGUUUUAGUGGCCAUAAGAUGUUGGGGACGUCGUGAGGUACAAGAUGAUGCUGGUGACCUCCAUGGCCUAAGUCAGCCGACAGUGAGCCGGAUAUGCGCCAGAGUCGCGCAUGCAAUCGCGAAUAAGGCAAAUUCCUUCAUCAAAAUGCCUAUCACUAUAGGAGAGCAGGAAAGAAUUAGUGCCAAAUUUAGAGCAAUUAAAAAUUUUCCUGGGGUGAUAGGAGCCAUAGAUUGCACCCACAUUAAAAUUAAAAAAACCGGAGGUGACAUGGCCCAGUACUAUAUUAAUAGAAAAGGCUAUUAUUCCCUGAAUGUUCAGGUUGUCUGUGAUGCUGACCUCAAAAUAAUGGAUAUAGUGGCUAGAUGGCGAGGCAGUACACAUGACAGUCGAAUUUUUAUGGAGAGCAAUAUAAAACAACGAUUUGAGGAUAGGCAGUUUAGAGGACGCCUUAUUGGCGAUUCGGGCUACCCUCUUCUGCCAUAUCUAUUUACACCUAUUUUAAGGCCUAGUCGUCCAGAAGAAGAAGCAUACAAUAAUGCUCACAUCUCAACUAGGAACACUGUUGAAAGGUGUUUUGGGGUGUGGAAGCAGCGGUUCCAAUGCCUACUCCAUGGCUUACCAGUAAGCCUCCAAAAUGGAAAAGCUGUGAUCAUAGCAUUGGCUGUAUUACAUAAUAUAGCCAUUGAUAUGAAUGACACAUUGUUAGAACAACAUAUGGAGCAGGUCCCUGUAACUCCGCAACUUUCGACGGAGAACAGUGUUCACGACAACCGACCUUCAUUGUUGAGGCGUAGGUCGCAGUUGAUACUACAAAAUUUUAUAAAUCAACAUUUUUGAAUGAUACUGUUCCUGGCAUCUUA